CAUAAAUAACAAUUAGAUAAAAAGAUGGUCUUUAGGGUUUCCUCCUUCUCCUCCGCUUCCUUACACGGAUGCGCCUCUCUAUAUAUAUACACAUCUUCUUCAAUUGCAUGCACAGGAAUUUGUUAAAAAAAUUAAGUUCUUUUCUUUCCUUUCUCAACAAGUGAUAAAUGAAUGCAGUGUUUGUUUUGAAGCCUUAAAAAAAAAGGAAAGAUCUGAUUAAACUGUUUCAGUUUCUAUCACUGAAAUCGAAAAAUAGUUGAUAAAACUUGAUUUGAAGCGAAAAAAGGAUUUUAGAUCUGAGAUUGUUUUAUUGAUAUGAAGCGAUCGAGCAAAUCGAACAGGGUUUCGUGGGCACCUGGUCUUAAUCUUUGUCAGCGCCAAAGCUUCCACCGUUCAAUUUAGAGAUGUUGAAGUGGAUUGAACGGCGAGAAAGGUGCCACAGAAUGGCUAGCCUAGCCUAGCCCCUGCCUCUGUGUUUUUCCCAUCAAUCAUCAGUCAUCAGUUGUGUCGUUUUUAGUUUUUUGACACAUUUGGGCGCUGAUGAUGCUCUCCGGCGGAUAUUUGAAUUCCAGAUUCUUUCUUUGUUACUUUUUUUUUUUUAAUAUCAACAGUGAUUCAAGAAUAAUAAUAAUAAAAGGUCUGAUAGGAUAUUUACGCCAUGAAUAUUUGAUUGAUAAGAUAACAACCCAGGAAGGAAUGAAGGAUAUUGGAUCUGAUAAGAUGAAUCCGUUUAAUUGUUUUUACUAAGAGUGAUGAGGUAUCAUCCUUCUGCAGCAUUGCAGUUAGAGGAAGGGAGUUGCUUGAAGGAGAGGCUCUUUGUAUCUGAGGAUUGCCCUUCAAAAGUUGGCGGACAAGUCCAAGAUCAUCUUCAGAAAAAGGCAUCAUUGCUUUUGCUCCAUUCGAGUGGUAAAGAACCAAAUGAUUGCCCCCCGGGAUUUGAAGGCAGUCACUUCUUGAAUCCAUGUAAAAAGGAAUUGUCCUGCUUUCCUAGGAUUCAAUGGAAGUGCCCUCCCAAAUUUGUUGUCAGUUCCAACUGGCAUGUGACAGCUGGAGAAGAAAGCCAGGAAUCACAGGCCCAAAAACUGAGGGAAAUGAGAGCUCUUGAAGCAUUUUAUCCACGCCCUUCUGCUGUUCCUCCCAGCCCUGUUGUUUCUUUGGACGUAGAAGAUACAGAUUAUGAUGAUAGCCUCACUCCAAUCAUCCCUCUCAUUCCUGUUGAAGAGGAGGAAGCCACAGAAUUGCCAUCUGAUUUGACAGAACCAUUGAAAACUUCCCAGUCACCAGCAUUGCCUCCGUUUUUAUUGUCAUCUGGAACCCUGAACUCUUCAAAAUGCAUCACCCCUGCUUCAAAUCCACUCUCAAGUGAAAAACCAGCAUUUGGAAAAUUAACUAAUCCAGGAAGUAAUUUAAUCUCAGCAGCUUCUGCUGCUGUUACUGCUAUCAUGAAAAACAAGGGGCAUGGAAGCUUAAUUGAUACUGGUUUGCUUGUUAAGAUCUUAAGUGACCCAAAAAUGAUCGAGGAACUUGCCGGUGGCAAUCAAGCACUUCCUGUGACAUCUAGACCAGUUACUAGUUCAAUGUCCCCAUCAUGUGAGAAACCUGAUGUAGUUCCAGUACAAUUUACAGCUAAUGGAAACUUGCAACCCCUACCUAGUGAGGAGCAGCCAUGGUCGAAGCCAACAUGUCAGAUUCCCAUAUCCUGUCCGAAACCUGCCAUGCCUUCUUUGCCAUCAAUGCCAUCCAACGGGAGCUUGUAUCUUCAACCUAGUCAGAUGCACCCGACAGUAAGUAGAGCGUCCAUGCAUCAGGAUACUGCUCCUGCAAGUGGGUUUGGAGUAUUUUCUUCCAUUCCUGUGCCCAUUCCAGUGCCUAAUUCAAUGCCAACAACGGUAAGCACAGUGCCUAGAGAAUCAAUGGCAACCCAAAUAUCUUUCAAAGACACCGGUCCCAACCAAAUGUCUAAUUUGGUGCAAUCCACUCUGGUUAUGAAGCCUGUCCAACCGAACAGUGUUCCUCAAGCAGGUAUGAAAACUAACCCUGUGAAGGAUGUGGAGUACAUUAAGAACCUUAUAAGGGAACAUGGAACAGCGAAGAAAGAAAUCCAGGACCGAAGAAUGCCCCAUAAUGGAAGGCAUUACAAUCAAACUCAGAACCAAGAAUUGAUACAAAACAUAAAAAAGAGGGAAUCGAAACACAAGUCUCAGAAGCCUUGCAUGUACUUUAAAACUCCCAAGGGAUGCCGAAAUGGCUUCAAUUGCCCUUUCCAGCAUGAUCCAUCUUUCCAGUUUCAAACUGGUAGUGCUUUGGAUGCCCCAGUUGCAAAGAGAAUGAAAUUUAGUGGGGAAAUCGUUGGGAGGACCUGACGUUUUGUCGUUACUUACACGACCAGAACUGUGAAUACGAGGUACUUAAACCUGUAAAUUAAUUUUGACUAGUCUUUCUGUAGAUUUUGUACAGGGUUAAGGCAUCAAUAUGUCGGAAACAGUUUUGUCAAAAAAUAAGAAAAUGAGAUGAUGGCCUAACGAUUCAUUAAAGGAAA